AUGAGCUCUUCAUCCUCACACACCAUCUCUGUCAAGUUGGUCCUCUUAGGAGAAGCAGCAGUUGGUAAAUCCUCUUUGGUUUUGAGGUUUGUUUCCAAUGACUUUCAAGAAAACAAAGAGCCUACUAUUGGAGCUGCAUUUUUAACACAGAGAUGCAAAAUCAAUGACAAGACCAUCAAGUUUGAAAUAUGGGACACAGCUGGGCAGGAAAGAUUUGCUUCAUUGGCCCCAAUGUAUUACAGAAAUGCCCAAAGUGCGUUGAUUGUUUACGAUAUCACCAAACCCCAGAGCUUUAUCAAGGCUAGACACUGGGUGAAGGAGCUACACGAACAGGCUUCAAAGGAUAUAACAAUAGCCUUGGUUGGCAAUAAGUUAGAUUUAGCAUCUGAGAGACAGAUCACAUACGAAGAAGGGAAAACUUUGGCAGAAGAAGAGAACUUGUUGUUUUAUGAAACAAGUGCCAAAACUGGUGAACAAGUGAGUGAUGUCUUCUUGGGUAUUGGUAAUAAGAUACCUGAUCCUUCUCUCCAAAAGUCACAGAAUUUGCAAAAUGAUCUUUCUCAACAAACGAUCAAUUUGAAUGUCAUUGAUGAUAGAAAUGGAUCUGAUAAUUGUGCAUGCUAA